AUGGGAGAGAAAAUUAAAACUGUGACAAAUGGUAUUGAAGAAAGAUUAUUAAGGAAUGGAAAUUGGGAAGAAAUUGUAACAAGUGUUAAUGAAGAAACAUUAUUGAGGAAGAUUGAUAUAAGAAACAUUCCUUUAUUUACACUUCUCUACACAAUUUGUUUUUUGGAUAGAGUUAAUAUUGGAAACGCGAAAUUAGCUAACUUGGAAAGCGACCUUGGUUUAACCGGGCAUGAAUAUAAUUGGUCUAUAAGUAUUUUCUUUGUGAGUUAUGUAUUAUGCGGAGUGCCAUCCAAUAUCAUAUUAGUUAAAACCAAACCUUCAACUUGGAUUGCUUCACUUAUGAUCGGAUGGGGCACCAUAGUGAUAGCUAUGGCAUUCGUGACAAAUUAUUUUCAACUGUUGGUAACAAGCUUUUUAUUGGGAAUUUUUGAAGCUGGACUUUUUCCUGGUAUCAUAUUUCAUAUUACAAAAUGGUAUAAAAGAUCCGAGCAAAGUUAUCGUAUUAGUUUGUUUUCCUCUGGUUCCGUGAUUGCUAGUGCAUUUAGUGGGCUUAUGGCAUUCUAUGUGAUGGGUUUAGAUGGUAUUUUUGGUCUGAGUGGUUGGCAAUGGAUCUUUCUCAUUGAUGGGUUGAUAACAGUUUUUGUUGCAUUUUUCUCGUAUUUUUUGAUCGCGGAUUAUCCGGAAACCACUAAUUGGCUUACCGAAGAUGAACGCAAGAUGAUCAAUAAUCGUAUACAGCUUGAUUCUGGUCAAAUUUCUACCACUAAUCACGAUAAUUAUCAGAUUUUUGAGGCUUUUAAAGAUUGGAAAGUCUACAUAGGAUCGAUUCUGUUUUUUAGUGUGUCAGUUACUGAAUAUUCGUUCGUUUUCUUUCUUCCAUCGAUUGUGUAUGGAUUGGGAUUUGAUUCUGCAAAUAAACUUAAGAUUAGUGAGCCAGAGCGAUUUUUAAAUGAAAAAAACGGUGAAGAGGAACUACGUUUGGGAGACAAGCAUCCAUCAUUUAUUUAUUGUUUAUAA